AUGCCACCUAAACAAGCGAAAAAGACAUUAUGGGUUGAAUGCGAGAGAUGUGGCUGCAGUAUACUGACGAACGACAAAAAUGUUCACGUCGAACUGAAUUGUGAGAAAGAUCAAGUUAAAUGCCCAUUUGUUGAAAAUGAAACGUUAUUUACUUGGUUGGAGAGAGCUAGCGCCCCUCAAGAGAAUAUUCCUAGGGAUACUGUCCUUAUCCACCCUUCAGCGGGGACUUUGAUAGGUGCAGUCAUCGGUAAGCCUUUGGAGUUGAAAAGAGACGGCGCCCCUACUCUUGUCAAAAGGAUGUGGCCGUCCAGAGCGUCCGCGCCUGCUGCUGUUAUAUUACCUGCUGCAGAUCUUACCGGAGCUUGGAGUAGUGACAGUAAAAAAGUAACAGUUUCAAUUUUAAAACAAACAGUCCCACAGGCUACAUGUGUUUCAAUUAGAAUUAAAAAUCAUAAAACUGAUGCAGACAUAACGGACAUACUGAAAGAAAGAUUCAACAAUCACUACGCUAGUGAAGGCAGCAUAUUUAUAUAUUAUUACUUUGGUAAAAAAUUACAAAUUGAAUUUUUAAAUAUAAAAUCAGAAAGCAAAGACUCAAAGAUUACAUGGUUCCUUCUGAGUGAAAAUACUUCUUGGAAUAUGGAACAAAAUAAUAUCCAAAAAGUGAAGAAAAAGCCACCCCUAUUAGGUGGUGUUGAUGAUAUUAUCGAAGAAAUAAAAACUUUGAUCAACAUUUCAUUCAAUCCUACUGGAUUUUCAGCCAGUUUUCAGGUAACUCGGGGUCUCCUGCUGUAUGGCCACUCAGGUAUUGGCAAAACAGCUAUUUGUAAAUACUUAAUAGACAAUCUCAAUUGCCAUCACAUAGAAAUAAAUGGACCUACAAUAUUUAGCAAAUAUUUUGGUGAAACCGAGGCUACGAUGAAAGGGCUCUUUGCAAAAGCUAUAGAAAAUGAACCAAGUAUAAUUUUAGUCGAUGAAAUAGAAACAAUUUGUCCAAGACGAUCUUCAGGCAGCACAGAACAGGAACGGAGGGUUACAUCAGCUUUUGUCUCUUUACUAGAUAACUUACAUCAAGAAACUAGCAAAGUUUUUAUUUUAGCGACGACAAGAAAGCCAGAAGCAAUAGAUCCUAUGUUACGAAGGUUCGGUAGAUUGGAUAAAGAAAUCGAAGUUCCUGUGCCCGAUAGAAUGCGACGAAAGGAAAUUUUGUAUGCAUUACUCAAGAAUAUCCCAAAUAAAAUAUCUUCUCAAGAUAUUGAUGCAAUAUCUGAUUUAGCUCAUGGCUACGUUGCCGCUGAUUUAGUUAAUUUAUGCACCCAAGCUUCGAUGAAAUGUUUUAAGAGAACCAGUGAUGCGUUAGAGAAAGAAGAUUUAAUGGGCGCUUUGACUGUCGUGAGGCCGAGUGCUAUGAGAGAAUUGCUAAUAGAAGUUCCGAACGUUCGAUGGACGGACAUAGGAGGGCAAGACGAUUUGAAACUAAAGUUGCGUCAAGCAGUGGAAUGGCCUCUGAAGCAUUCAGAAAGUUUUCUAAGAUUAGGUAUUCGACCACCCGCGGGCGUUUUACUGUACGGACCUCCCGGCUGUUCUAAAACUAUGAUAGCAAAAGCGUUAGCGACAGAAAGUGGGCUCAACUUUCUGUCGAUAAAAGGUCCGGAGUUAUUUUCUAAAUGGGUCGGUGAGUCAGAACGCGCAGUGCGAGAUCUAUUUACAAAAGCACGUCAAGUUGCGCCUUCUAUUAUAUUUUUCGAUGAAAUGGACGCUAUUGGAGGGGAAAGGGGAGCAGGCGAGGCAGGGGUGCACGAGAGAGUGUUGGCACAACUUCUUACUGAAUUAGACGGCGUUGUCCCACUAAAUUCUGUCACCAUUUUAGCAGCUACAAACCGUCCAGAUAGGAUGGACAGAGCAUUGCUCCGGCCAGGACGUCUAGACAGACUCAUAUAUGUACCUUUACCGGACUUUGAAACCAGACUUCAAAUAAUUGAAUUAAAACUCUGCAAAAUGAGUACAAGCGACGAUGUUAACUCUCAUAACUUAGCAACGAGGACGGAAGGUUUUUCAGGAGCUGAGCUGCAAGCUUUGUGCCACGAGGCAGCUUUGCGUGCUUUGGAAAAAGACCUGGACUGUCCCGAGGUGACUAUGGAACAUUUCGAGCAUGUUUUAAAAGAUUUUAAACCAAGAACUCCUCAAUCAUUGUUAAAAGUUUAUGAAGAAUUCGCUUUGGGGCAAAGAUCUGGUUAAAUAGGAUAAUGGAAUAAUGAUAAACACGACAUUUGUACUUGUAACUAUUUAAUCAUGUAAGUAAACCUUAUACACUAUAUUUUGUAUAUAAAUUAUUCUAAUUAUACUAGUCCUUAUUCUAGUGCCUUAAA